AUGGAUAGUGCAAACAAAAAGCAACUUGUUCACAAUGAUAAAGAAAAGGAAACAGAUAAUCCAAGAAAAUGUUUGGAUCAAAGGAUUUCUAAAGAAUCAGAUUUAGAUAUAUUAUAUACAACUCGAUUAGAUUCCACAAGUCAGGAAGAUGUUGAAAAAAAAAUUCAGUGUCUAAAACAUUUAUUGGAAAAAGAUCUAAAAGCAGCUGAUUUGAAGUGGUCCUUAUUUGUAGCAGCUUGUAAUACAUAUCGCUGUGAUACUUGUUUAAAACCAUUUCCACCAAUGUAUAUACAGAAUGAAUGCAAGGAUAUUGAAGCUCUGAGAAGAGCUAUAGAAGUAAUUCCCCCAUUGGCUGUAAUAUUAAAAGCAUUAUCAGAGUCAGAUGCAUAUGAAAAAUAUGGAACAGCUAUAGACUUGUUACAUUGGGUUUUAGUACGUUUGAGAGAUCCUUAUAUAAAAAGUAUUAAAAAAGAAUAUUAUGACUCAAUAUUGAGAAAAGUACCUUCAGAAAUGUCAAUAGUUGAACCAAAUUUAAUAUUCCAAGUUACAAGGACAAAACAAUCUACUUCAGAAGACAGAUGGAAAACAGUUGCUCAAGGCCAUUCAACUUUUUAUGCGUACCAUGGUAGUCGGUUAGAGAAUUUUCAUUCCAUUAUACACUAUGGUUUACAACAGAGUAUGUGCAAGAAAUCACUAUUUGGUAAAGGAAUAUAUCUUUCAAGUGAAUUAGGUGUAAGUUUACCAUAUAGUCCACUUGGCUAUGGUUGGGGUGGUAGUGUAUUAGGAAGUGAAAUGAGUUGUAUAGCUUUAUGCGAACUUAUCGAUCAUGCAGAUGUAAAGAUUGGAGAUUCAGUGGAUAAUGCUCUAAGUCUAGCCGCCGAUUCUGUGGAUGGAAGAAUUCCAAUUAAAUAUUAUUUGGUAACAAAUAGUGAAUUGGUAAGAGUACGAUACCUCCUUAUUUACAGUCAACAAGUUCAAACAGCAAGGUGUACUGAUGAUAAAGGAUUAUUGGCGUGGUUUAAACAACAUAAAUUAUUAACAUUUAACAUUGUAAAUCAAGAAAAUGUUAGAAAUCUUAAGUCUUCAAUGAUUACGAUACCUGGGAAGACUAAGAGAGCUGCUUUGGGUGAAAUAGGUAAUAAAGUGAACACAUUAAGAGGUGUGGAGCCUAUUGAUAGAACAAGCUUACUAUCAAAAGAUAAAAAAACAAUUAUAAUUUCAAAACAAGCUAAUAAACCACCAGAAAAAGCAACUGAGAAAUUACCUGUACAAAUAGUUAAACCUGUAAUAAAGGUUACAGUUCCUCAUGAGAAUAAUAUGGUAUCAGUGCCUUCUAAGAAGGAGAUUCAAUCAUUUUCCUCAGAUCUUUUAGCAGUUGAGGAUAUUGAUGAAGAAGAUAAAGAAAAUCCUAGUCUAGUUUCUAUUUAUAGUAAUGACAUUUAUGAAUACUUAAGAACCUUAGAAAAUAUAUUCCCAAUCUCAAAAGGAUAUUUAGCUGGGCAAGAAGUUACAUCAAAAAUGAGGAGUGUACUUGUAGAUUGGCUAGUAGAAGUACAUCAACAAUUUCAUUUAAUGCAAGAAACAUUAUAUCUAACUGUUGCUAUCAUUGAUCGAUUUUUACAGUCUUUUCGCUCUAUAGAUAGGAAAAGGUUACAGUUAGUUGGUGUGACAGCUAUGUUUAUUGCUAGCAAGUAUGAAGAGAUGUAUUCUCCAGAUAUAAAUGACUUUGUAUAUAUCACAGAUAAUGCAUAUUCAAAGGAAGAAAUAUUACAAAUGGAAAUGCUUAUUGUAAGAACAUUAGAUUAUUCUUUUGGUAGACCAUUACCCUUACAUUUUUUAAGAAGGUACAGCAAAGCUGGAAAGGCCCUCCCAAUGCACCAUACAAUGGCCAAAUAUUUCUUAGAGCAAAGUUUAGUGCAUUAUGAAAUGUGUCACUAUCGACCAAGUCUUAUUGCAGCUGCAGCAAUAUAUCUAGCUUUUCUAAUUAUUGAUAAUGAUGACGAGGACGAGCAGAAAGUUGUCUGGACAAAUACCUUGGCACAUUACAGUACCUAUUCCAAGGACGACGUGUUUCCCGUGGUACGGGAAACAGCGAGUAUUAUAGUUAAUGCGGAUAAGAGCAAGUAUCAAGCUGUAAGAAAGAAGUAUGCUCAAUUGAAAUGCAUGAAGAUUAGUACUCGCCCUGAGCUUAGAUCAGGAACGAUAAUUGCUAUAGCCAACGCGAAUAAGGAGAGAGUAUAA